AUGGCGGUGACUGGCAACAAGCGAGGCCAUGCUGGCAACAUCACCUUCGCGAACGUCGACGGCGCGAGGAAGAAGAAAUGCGUCGACAUUCACUCGCUGCUUACCGUCACGAAACCGUUGUCUGCUCGGGCUUUAAGCCACGUAGCCAAGAAACAGACAGAUCUUAGGAACUCGUCAGGCAGCAUUCCCGUGAAAUUAAGCGAAAUUCGCAACGGGAAUGGCGCCGGACGCGGAAUCGCACAGACACGACUAGCUAUAGAGAGAGGAGGGCUUGGCGACAAGACGACAUGGACAUUCAAGCCCGCUUCAGAGGCACGUGAGAGGGCGAGUAGGAGCAACCGUGGAUCCGCAAACGACGCCGGAGAACCGCGAGUGGUGGAUCUUGCCGAAGACGACGACGAGCUGUACGAAGAUGCGGACGAUGUUACUGAGUGUCACGGCCUGGAUGCGAUCAGAGAAGACAGAUCGUCGCAGGACGACGAGGAGGACAGCGACGAUGAAAACGAGGAGAACAGCGACGAGGGGGGCUCUGACGAUGAGAACGAGGGGGUUGGGGAGGAGGUGGUGGUGGUGGAAGGAAAGGUGCGAGAGGUGAAGCAGCAACUUCACAGAAGCGGCCGCUCUGAGGCGCCUGCAGACGCUGGGCUGGACGAUUUGAAGUGCCACGUGUGCGACCGGGAAGACGGCGAAGACGGAAUGCUUGUGUGCGACGGACGUGGGUGUAACCGUGGUUACCACCUCUGGUGCCUGCGACCAAUCCUCGUCGCCGUGCCCCUCGGCCAGUGGUACUGCCCAGACUGCCGCCGCCCAGCCAAAAUCAGAGAAUUCCCCCUGGUGCAGAGCUCAAUCGUCGACUUUUUCAGCAUUCAGCGCCCCCCUGGCCUCACACCUGUGAAAACACCUGCCGCGGCCGGCGGAAGCGCCGCCAAACCUGAUGUAACCCCUGCUAAUGAGGUACGCGGAAAGAAACCUGUCGUCGCGGGGAGCAGCGAGGGAGAUAGCAGCAGGCAGAGCAGCGGAGUUACCACACGGCGAACGGAGCACAGCCGACAAGCAUCAAGCGGCGUCGUAUUGGGUGCUGGUGAUGCGGCGGCCGGCGGUGGUAGGAGUAGGAGCAGGAGCAGCGCAGAUGCUGACUGUAGGAGCGUAGGAGCUAGUCAGACUCGCAGCGUAGAUGCUGCUAUGAAUAGCAUAGGCGGUAGCUCUAGAAACGUAGGCACCGGCAGCAUCGCUUCCCACGCCAGCAACAGCGGCGGGAAAAGGAGAGUCCCGAGCAGUGGCAGCAGCGGCAGGAGGAAGAGGCAGACCCGAGUGAAGCUGAGUAGAAAGCUGUUCCCCCAUCGGCCUGUCCCGGAUCCUGAGAGACGCCUGGAGCAGCUUAGAUCCCUAGCCACCGCUCUGACAGCUAUUGGGGCGCGGUUCGUGGAUGGGCUGGAAUACCCCUUUAAAGCCGUGCCUAGGGGGAUGAACGAGCCCGGGAGGGAGGUGGGGGGAAUGCAGGUGCUGAGCCGGGAGAACGUGGGUGUUUUGGAGCGGUGCAAAGAGAUGUGGAGGGACGGAGCGCCUCCACCGCUGAUUGUCAAGCACGACCCUUGCCAAGGCUUUGUAGUGGAAGCGGAUGCGCCUAUAGCGGAUCGCACGAUCGUCACGGAGUAUGGCGGGGUGGUUGACAGCAUGGCGCGGAGGCGGCACGAUCCGUGCGAUGCCAUGAUGGGGUUACUGUUCACCGGGCGGGAUAAGACGGAUCUCGUCAUCUGCCCGGAUGAGGCGGCAAACUUUGCACGGUUCAUCUCGGGAAUCAACAACCACACCAAGGAGGGUCGCAGGAAGAUCAAUCUGCGCUGUGUGCGCUUCAGUGUGAAUGGGGAGGCCCGGGCGCUGCUGAUUGCCACGAGGCGGAUUGCCAAGGGCGAGAGGCUUUACUACGAUUACAACCGACUCGUGCAUGAGUAUCCCACCAUGCACUUCGAGUGA